AUGGGGCAAGUACAGGAAACCACAGUGAAAACUACACAGUUGUUGGAGCCAGAGAGAGGUCACCCUAAUGAUUACUACAGAUCUAUGAAGUAUUAUCAUUUGAGACGCUUACAAGAUUUUUACGCCCACUACGAUCCAUCUGAAGUACCGAACUGUUAUAAACUACUAAAGCGUUACGAGGGAAGAGAAGGUGAGAUGUUUUUAAAGUUACAGCAGAAGUAUGGUCCUGAACCUGCACAAUUAAACCCAUUAGAAAAUGCCUUGACGUUUGGUAGUGCAGGGACUCUACAAAACAUGAAGGAAGAAGAAAGAUUUCUUUUAAAGAUGCUCAUUGAAGGAUCUGCUCGUGCAAGAGAUCGUGAAGAACAUCGUGUAGAUGUAGAGAAGAGGGUUAUAGCUCUCUUAGCGCAGAAUGGGAUUCCAUCUGCAAACAUCUCUGCAGUUAUAAUGGAAAGUUACGGUGAUGAUGAGACUAAACUCUUCAAUAGACUACAAGAACUGCUGCCCCAACCAAUACCACCACCAAUACCAAGAAUGCAGUACGGUCCAAGUCCUAAUGUGGCACUACUACGAGCUCUUGGUGUUGCGGCAUCUGUGGAUAACAUGGAAGUGCCCAAUUCCUUUCUUCAUCGUCUGCGUUUGAAGAAUAGUGUACUCCGUGAGGGAGCGAACUUCUCUGAAUUACAGGAAAAAUCACAACUGGCUCCAAACUUCGAAGAACUUCCUACUGCUAUUUCCUCUAAUGAUGUUCCUGCUGUUGCUGUUCCUGCUGUUGUUGCCGCGGAUGCGAGCGUGGAGAGGAAGCAAACGUGUACAGGUGGAGAACGGCAUAAAAAAAAAAAUCUGAUGGUUACCUUCGCCAUACCAGAGGUACAGAACAGACCAGCAGAGAUGACAAGUAAUACUAAGGUAUAA